AGCCACGGCGGACGCGUACGCGUAGCGCCCCGUCGCGACGGAACCGUCUCUCCUUCUCGGCGCGGCUCUUCUCCGAGGAAGGUCUUCCUCCGGUGCGCGUUUUCGCACCCCCCUCGGGGGGGGGAGGGUUUCCGGUUCUCCUCGGGGGGAGAGAGAGAAAAAAAAAUGAAAAACCUAACCCUCGCGACGCCGGAAGUGGGGGGGGGGACGUCACUUCCGGUCUUCUAUAUGGUACCUUCGCGCUAACUUCCUCGCCUCGUUCUCAGGAGCCGGACUCUCGUUUCUCUCCCGCGAGCUCUUUUCUCUUCUCACCUACCGAGCCGAGGUUCUCGCGCUCCCUCACGAUCUGUCAUCUGUCAUCUGUCAUCGGCGGCGGCGGAGGCGACACUGACUUAUUCCGUUCCGGCGGCGGACGACGAUAGACGGGGACUCGGGCUCUCUCUCUCGCGAUAGGUAGCGAAUAGGCGAGAGAGAGUGAGAGAGAGGGAAGACGCGCCCGAUCGUAAGCGCUGCGCGCAUCAAUGGCGGACGGCGACCCUUAGCAGAUUUGACCGAGACUCGCCAAGAUGGCCGCCCUCUUCGCACGCUGCCUCGAGAGCCUCGCGUUCGCCACCCCUCGGCUCUCCGCCCCGAUUCAAGUAAGAUGGGGCAGCUACCAAUCAUCUUCUAAAUAUACUAAACCUGAAAAGUACACAGAUUACGAGAUUACAAAAGAUCCAAAUGAAUGGAAAUAUGUAGAACGUCUGUUUGCGUCUAAAACUGUGCCUGAACCACCCACUGGAGAUGUUGAACUACCGUCUGGCUAUAAACCAGCGAAAGCGUCACCCAAGGAUUAUCCCUAUUUCAUUGAACGUAGUAGAAAUUAUAUGCAGCCUGUAUUGAAAAGAUCGAGCAGAGGACUGAGGAGACUCACAAUACUGAAGAAAAUUCAAGGAGACAUAUGGACAUUGGAUCAUGAUGUAAAGGAAUAUAUAGCAACAAGGUGUGGGCGGAAACCUGCUAGUAAGAUACAUGAAUUUGCAGGUCUAGUUACAUUUAAGGGCGACUGGGUUAGCCGCAUUAAAGAUUGGAUGAAUCUAAAAGGAUUCUAAAAAUCACCAGAGAAAGAUGCUUCAUAAGAAAUUGUUAUAUAUAUAUGUAAAUAUACAAUAAAAACAUUGAAUCUUUGUUAUGAAAUA